ACAUACAUAUUUUAUGUAGGUGAAAGAAGUGUAUAAUUAAUUAGGUUGAUAUAUAUGAUUCUUUCUCAAUCCAAAGGUAAAAAUCAUCGAUAAUCAACAAGUCAUUGGCAAAAACUAUUGUUCACCAGAGAAAACACGUCUCUACAAAUAGAUAAAAAUCUCAACAAGAAGAAGAAAGAAAAAAAAAUUCUUCAUAUUUUUGCUUAGAAAAAGAUAUCGCACACACAUCUCACCGGCGGGCGCCUGGAACUUUUUGUCCUCCGGCCGGUUGCCCAACUUCUCUUCAAUGGAAAUAACCAACCACCCAACAACAACAACAACGAGUACCGUUCCUUCUUCAUCAGACCCUCAAUCUUCAUUCAUCACGGCUGAAACCUACGUUGUCCAAAUCCCUAAAGACCAAAUCUACCGCAUCCCACCAAAUGAGAAUGCCGCCAUUGCCGAAAGUCGUCGACCACCACAACAAGCCUCCAAAAAGAAGAGCACAUCAUCAUCAUCAUCAUCUUGUUGUUCCAAAUCUUGUUAUUGUUGUGUCUUUCUUGGCAUAUUCAUCGUCGUGGUGGCCAUCAUCAUCUACCUUUUAACUUUCUUCUUCCAACCAAAAAACCCCAAGUUCCAGGUCGUCAACCUAUUCGUAUCCACAACAAACCAUCCCAAGACUAUUACAUACCGAUUUCGGGUAGGGGUUCGGAACCUUGACCAGAGAUCAGGGGUAUCAUUUGAGAAAGGAGGGCAGACAUCGCUUUUAUUCAUGCAACGUGAAAUUGGGCAAGGGAAGUUCCCGACGUUCCAUCAGGACAAAGCUGGAGCUUCGACGAUUUUGGUUACGUUAACCGGUUCAAAUAAUCGCACUGUAUUGCCCAUGCAGGUUCAAAGCAGCUUGAAUGGCACAUCGAAAAAGCACGUGCCUUUAGUUUUGAGCAUGAAUUUGUUGGCAAGGAUGAGAAUAAGUUUGCUCAGCGAAGGGGAUGCACGACUAUCUGUUGUGUGCGAGUUGGUUGUUGACACUUUGCGGAAAGGGUCGACACAGAUCCUGUCACAGAGUUGUUUAGUCCGUCGCUAGCUAUGUAUGUGUGUAUAUAAAUGAAUUAACAACUUGAUCUUUAAUUUUCUUAGUAUAUGCAUAUAUAUACACUUAUCUAUAUAUGUUAGAAAAAAGUUUGCAUGGUUUGAUCCUUUCUAAGUCAAGCCAUUAGUUCUUUUAGUUUAGUUUUAGGAAUUUUUCCAGAUGUUCUCCAUCUAGUUUAUUAUUUUUUGGUGGAAAUUUUGUAUGUUUAAUGCAUAGUGUUUAAAAAAAAAAAAGACUAAUGAUUGUUAUUUGACUUACACCUCUCGAAACAAUGUUCAAAUGAGGGUAUUCGACUGGGCGAAAAAAAUUUACAUUAAGUUACACCUGCUCAUAUGGACACAUUGAUAAAGAGCUCCAUGACUACUCUACCACGACUCUCCAAAGGACACAUUAAUAGAGAUUUUUUUUAAAGUCGGAGAAAGAUAAAAAUGCAAGAAAGUGUUUUGAGUGUUGAAUUUGUCGUCCAAACUCGUCGUCACUUCAAAUGCUUAUACCAAAGUAUUUGUUCUUUGAAAUAAUUUUUAUGUUGAAAGAACCGAAUCAAAAGAUUUGGAAUUGGUGUCAUCACUGAAGAAUAAUCACGGUGAAGGUGCGUGGGUCGCCAUUGAUCGGUUAACUUGCACAUGAACAGAAAACCCAGGCUGAAUAAUUAGGAUUCGCCUUCCAACGAUCAAAUCAGUGACCGAAACCUAAAAAGGGAUGAGAGAGAAGCUAUGUGGUACACAAAGAUAAUUCUUUACUCAUAAUGGGGCUCGAAGGCGUAGUAAUUAUAGGUAAAUGAGAGGGCAUUAGGAUUUGGCGUGCCCAAUGGGCGAAUAUGGUCGUUGAACAUCCUCGUUUCCAUCGGGAUUCCCACAUUCUUGACAAACACUACAAAUUUUGUUAUUCUUUUUCCUGUGGGGACCACACUCACUUGGAGGUGGGAUCUUUCAACCAUCAUCUGUAAGGUGACUGAUGAAAUUAAAUUUUUUACUAUACAUGACUUGAGUAGGAUGCAAGUUGUCAACACGUGCUCUUACCACCCCCCGGAGAGUUGGUUUACACCCUUUCGUGUGCCCAUAAUAGAUGAUUGAAUAAGUUAGGCCCUUGGGUCCUGAGGUCUGAACAUGUUUAAGGAGUUCUUCAAGCGAGAAUUUUUUUGGUUCAGAGGCUGGGGAGACAAGCCAAUGAUCGGCUCGAUGAGGUCGGAAUGCUAGAAAUGUUCAGUGUCAAGCGAGUGCAAGUUGAUGUACUCAUGAGGGAGUUACUAGCCACCCUCUAAGUCUAUCUUUACCACCCAGUCUAGCUAGAAUUGAAUAAGAUAUAUCCUAGCUAGGAGUUAGAGCGGGUAAAUUCCCAAAAUAUUGUUAUUUUUUUUUAUUUACCACCAAUAUGGUUGUUUUAAAUUAAUUGACAUAUAUAUAUUGUGUUUUUGUGGGUAAGACAUGCGUUUCCGCAUCAGCCUGAUGCAGACCCGCAACAUUUGUAUUUUGAUGUAAAAAGGGCGGACCCGCGUGGGACUGGUGCGGAGACGCUGUGUUUCUUCUAAAGUGCGCUGACAGAUUCCCUGAACUUUGACCAGCGGACCCGCAUUAGUCUCAUGCGGAUUCACUGCCUUUUUUACCCCACUCCAGCAUAUAUAUCUCCCUCCUUUCUCUUCCUUUCAGUAUCACCACACCAAAAACUGAUACGAAAACGAGAGGGAGGAGCUUUGUUGGUUGAUGCAAAGAUGGCUAGGUAAGAGACACAUUUAUUUUUGUAACUAUAUUAUUAAAAUGCUAUUGUAAUUUUCUUUAGUUAGUAACACUACAAGAAAACCUAGCUUUAGAGACAAAUGUUUAGAGACUCUUAUUGUAUUAGUCUCUAUAACUAGCCUUUAGAGGCAAAAAUAUUAUUUGUCUCAAUAGGUGAAAUUAUUUGUCUCCAUUUUAUAAUAUUCUCUUAUAAUUUAUGUAAAAUAAAUUAAAAUAAUAGCUUUAGAGAUAUUUAUCCUUUUGUGUUUAUAUAAUCUAUAAAUCAUACCUAUGGGGACAAAUCUAAUUGCGUUUAGAAACAAAUAUAAAUGUUAUUUAUUGUAUAUUUUGCAGAGACAAAUAUCAUAGUUUUUAGAGGUAAGUUUAUAUGUCACUGACUCGCUAUGACACAACUCCUAACAAUGGCCAAGUGUAACCAAUGGAAGGACUGCAGUAUAGUGGCUCAAGUAAUAAAUAUCGAAUCAACGGGUCUCUAGAGUUACUAUUACUCAGCUUCAGUUCAUUAUUUAGCAAACCAGAUUAAUAAGGAAGAACUAAAACUACUCUAGCAAACUACAGUUAAAGUUAAUCUAAUUACAGGUUGGGAACUCACUUAGGUAUGAUUCCCCCUAGCCACUAGCCAGAUUAAUGAUUGAUGAUCUCUAACCUGUUUCACUUUCAUUCACAAUGCGGAGAAUCCUUGACUAGACCUUGAGUCUAGACUAAAGGACCAAGGCCCUCUUGAGUCAAUUGCCUAGAGGGACGUAUCCUUCUCUAGAACAACGGAUCAAGGCGUUCUGAACUAGACUCCCUCUAUCGAAAGAGGUUCUCAAUCUAUACAAAGCAGUGAAUCAACCCUCGACUAAAGCAAUCGAUCCACUACUAUCAAUCUUUGGUGCUCUAUUGACCUAAUCAGGUAUUCACUCUCAUAGGGUCAAAGCAGAAUCAAUAAUCUCUGCUAAAGCAGAAUUGAAUCAUGAAAACAUGCAUAGAUUGAAUAUGAACUCAAGGUUAUCAAGUCAGAGUACUCAUACAAUCAUCUAAUCAAACAAACAUAGCUAGGGUUCCUCAAAACCUAAGUGAAGGGAAGUUACUCCAAAGAGAAGAGAGAGACUGCAGUAAGAAUCUUCAGAUGAUCAGUCUUCAAGUCCGGGCUUGUUCCUCAAGCUUCCAAGGGAAAGAAAUCCUCCAGUUCCACUCUUAGAAUGCCCUCAAAUCGCCCUCUCUCUCUUUGGUUCGUCCCUUGGGUGUUUGGGAUCAAAACCCAGCUCCCCCUCUCCUUUGGCUCGAAAUUGCCUUAAAACCAGAAAUCCCCGACUCACACGGCCAGGCCACACGGCCGUGUGACUUUCCCAGGCUGCCAAUGUGAGUUUGCAAAAUGCAGCGUUUCGAUAAGUGACUUCAGGCUUCCUACACGGCCACGACCCACACGGUCGUGUGGACUUCCAGGGUGCCCGUGUGAGUUCCCUGGAAUUUCCACACGGCCACAAGGGGUCCCCUACACGGCUGUGUGGCUUUUAGGCAUGCCCGUGUGACUUCUCAGCUUCUCGCCAAACGUCCAAACUUCGUCUAAUCGACCCCGAACUCGUUCCCAAACCUUCAUUCACGUACUAGGACCUGAAAUAUCACAAACAAGCACAACCUAGCGUGAAAUCGGCCUAAAAUGCGAGAAUCGACAUCUCAACCGGCUCAAGAAUAGGGGUUAAAACAUGUGUAAUUAACGGUCUAUCAGUCACCUAUAUGUAUAUCAUAUAGAGACAAAUCUAAUAAUUUUUUAGAUACAAAUAUAAAUAUCACUAAUAGUUAUGUCACAAAUUUAAUAGUCUUUAGAGACAAAUACAAAAUAUCACGAAUAAUUAUAUCAUAUACAAACAAUCUAAUAAUUUUUAAAGAAAAACACAAAUUGCUUAUCAUAAUUAUCCUCCCAACCUCUCAAGUCAACAGUGUUUCGGAAAAUCCGCCUAAUUUUUUGGUUUGAAAUUUGAAAUCCGCCAAUUUUUUAAGUCCAUUGUUCUAUUCUAUAUGUAUCGUUUUGCUUCCCCUCCAGUUAUUCCCCUUUGUGUGGAACCCUAAUUGUUUCACCCUCCUCACACCCAACAGCUUUUCCUUCCUUCUUCAACGUCGGCGACGCCUCCGAAAACUCCCAUCAAUCAUCGCCAUCUUCCUGAUCCAGGUCUCCCAAUCUUCGUUGUCCAAUCCUUCCCCGCUCCAGGUCGCCAAAUCCCUCUAUAGAACUCGCCCCUUGUCACUCUGUGUCCAUCUGCCUUUGACAAUCAGGUUCAACUGAAGUUCUGGUUAAUUUCUCUUUCUGCUUCUGAAAAAGCACCUGUACUCGCCAUAUAUAUCUCAGCAUCAUCGUCUAUUUUGUUUAAGUUUGUAAGAUUCGGUAUGCGUGUUCCUUAUUUCACUGUUUGUUGGAAAAUGUUGUGUUAGGAUUUUGGCAUGGCGGAGAUUGAGAUGGAUUAAUAGAGUGGAGUUGUUCAAGAUGCACUGAGCUUCUGCCAUCUGCAUAGUCUGUUUGCUUUCUGCCAUUUAUAUUGGAAUUAUGCAAUUGAGUAAUCUUGGUAUUUUAGUUAUCAGGUCUUUGCACAACUAUGCUCGAACUGUGUUAGUUUAGAGUACUUGUGUUCUGGGUUCAUGUUUCUUUUCCUUUGAAUCCCCUUAUUUACUUGUCAUGGUCUUCUUGCCGGUCUCUUUGAUUUUAUAUGCAGUUAUGGGUUGCCUUGAAGGCUGAAAUGCUUGACAGUUUCAGUAUGUUUACUUAUUCUUGAUUCAAACUUUCACAGACAUGUUUCAUGAAUUAGUUUAGCUGUAUAUGAAAUGGUUGAGCAGCAACGAUAGUUGAAAACAGGGCAACUGGAGUGAAGUUUUCCAGAUUCGAAUCUCGGGUUAAUGCCUUGGCUCAGAGAUCUCGACUCUCCUUGUCCUGAGAAACAACCAAAUCCAAGCAACAACUGCUACCCUGAACGGAUUAACUUUUGGAUGAUCGAGCAAUGAGUUUUGUAGAUCCUUUAUGUAUCUAUUGCGGUUUUUGUAUAGUAUCGUAUUAUUAUGAGCUUAUAUAGUUAUGAAUGUACUAGACACCUAUGUACACGGAUUGUAAGCGGUCUCCUGACCAUCAAAUAUUUCUACACGCUACUUUGUUGUAUGUAUUCUGAAAUAUUAUUGGUUGAAUUGCUUCAUAAAGUUGCUCUCAAUGAACUUAAAUUUCUUGG